UCUAAGCCUCCUCAUGAUGCUUCUGCGGCAUGAAGGUUUUGCUUUCAAUCUGUUGUGAACUAUGCAGCUUAUUCCCUCCUUGCAAAAGAAAUAGCCAUACAAAAUUCACACAAGACACUAAAUUUUUAAUAGUCUAGCCAACCUCUUCAUGUGUUGCCCCCCACUUCAUAGAUGUAAGCAAAAGUAUGAGGAUCUUUAUAUUUUGAUCAUUGCCAAUGACUUGAUUAUUGGAACAGCAGAAGCAGAAGACAGUCACUUAUGGCAGAAAGGGUGACAAAAGGCUGAUAGAGGAAAGUUUAGUACCAGCUAGAAUACUACUUUACAUCAGUCUUUAGGGACAGGACUGACCUGCUUGUGAUGGGCUUACUUGGUCAAAGAACAAUCUUAUUUUAUCUGCCAUGAGUGACAUUACAGCUCAGAUUCUUCUUAUAGAACAAAACCUUUUCUGUUCAAUCUUUUAGCACAAUACCAGAAGCAGUGUGACAUUUCCAGUGAGACUUUGCUGCAGUAACAGAAAAUGCACAGGAUGCUUUCAAGUACAGCACCACAUGCCUAAGUCCUACAUCAAGACACUCUCCAGUGCUGAUCUGUCCCCCUUCUCAGGCCAAACGAUGCAGAGGUGCCCACGGUUUAACAAGCAUUAAGACCAAGAUGCAAAAUGAAAACAUCAUGUUCUAAGUACAUUUUCAACCAAACUUGGAAGUAAAGAGUCUCAGUUUCCUCAGACCUGCGGCCCAAAACAUUUGCUAUGGCACGCGUUGCAGUCAUUCCUGUCCUGCUGAUAUUAAGCUUUUUCCAACAUAAGACACUGUUUUCCACAAUCCUGGCAAGUGGAAAAGAAGACAUAAAGGAUGCACUUAGGCUACGUAAUGUUCUGUGGGCCACCAAGGAUGAUUCAAGAGUUAUUUUGUCCUGGAACAAUAACCUGACAAAUGAAGAAAUCAAGAAAUACACUGUGAAGUAUAUUUUGAGUUAUAAGUUCUUCAAUACCGCUAAGGAAAGGAAAGAAAGACUGCAGGAGAAGGAAAAGAUAAUACGUCUUCAAUUACACUCUGGUUUUAAUGCUAAAGUUAAGACACAACUUUUUGCAAAAGAAACAGAAGACACAAUUGAGGAGAGUGACUGGACAGAAUUUACUUACAAGGCACCUCCAGUUUACAUUCAGAAUCUUUCGUGCAUCAUAUAUAACAUUUCAUUUUUCAAUUGCACCUGGCACAUCAAAGCAGAAGCUCCUGAAGAUAUCCAGAUCUUUUUCUCAUACAAACAUGUAGGAAAGGUUUUUGCAUGCCAGCAAUAUAUAAAAAAUGCAAGGAAGAAAAAUAUUGGAUGCUAUAUGACACAAAUGCAUUUCCAACCAUCAAGGAAAAUAAAUUUAAAUAUAACUGUGAGGAAUCUGACAAAUAGUUCAAGAGGACCAUCUUAUUACAAAUCUUUCACACCUCAGACAAUAGAGAAGCUGAACCCACCAAUCAACGUCUCAGUUUUGACUGAAAACACAAGUAUUAAAAUUCAUUGGAAACCUCCACCUACUAUUGGUUCAGCAAGGAAAAAGUGUUUUUUGUACCAAGUGAAAAUAACAGAUCACAAGAUUGCAAAUGUCACUGCAGAGAACUAUAAGUAUCCAUUUCAUAAACCAGCAAAAAGAUGUGCAGCACAAGUGAGGGUAAAGAAAGAGAUUUGCAUAGCAAACAAGAUCUGGAGUGAAUGGAGUGAACCAGUAAUUAUUCACGAUGAAAAGACAAUGGAUAUCCUACUGCUAAGUCUCGUGUUGUUUUGUGCUCUGGCUUUCCUUGGAGGUCUGCUGAUACAUGCAUGUAGAAGGUACAGAUGCCUGGAAGUUUUAACCACACCUGUUCCACAUCCUUCAAAUAAUAUCAAAACGUGGUUAGCAGAUGAGACUCACCACCAGCAACAUAUUUCAAUGCAAAUGGAGAUGAACUCAGAGAUUACUCUGGAAACACCAGAAGAGAACAGAGAUGAGAACAUUCAACUUCAGAAAUAUUUGAAGGAAUUUGUGUUAGAAGAUCUAUAGAGAUGACAUGCCUUUUUUAUCUGCAUGCAAGUGUACCUUUCCAUGAGGUGGAAAAUAUUCUAACAGAUCAAAGAACACCUGAUAUGAGAGUUUGUCUGAGCCAAAUAACUUGUGCUCUGACAACAUGCAACUCUUAAAAUUUGCUUUGCAUCACAGACACAAAGCAGUAUUUUGCAGUUUGUCUCAAAAAAACUGAUCUUCAGACCACUAAAAUUAGAGCAUCUCAGAAAACAUGAGAGGUCAUGUUAUUGAGGUCCACUUGGGUUCACAUAAUAUUGAGGUCCACUUGGGUUAAAAUGAAAUGAAUAUUUCAUGAUGCUACAAUAGCUUCCAAGCAAUGUCUGAUAGAUCAAGACCUUUUGAAGACUGGCUGUUCAUACAAAUCUCAUACUUGCUAUUCAACAUCUGAUUGAAGUGGUCAUGAGAAAUGGUAGAAGCAAUAAAUGUUUCUGGAAACAGCAAGAGAAACUUACAAGUAUUCUCUAAAACUGAAAACAAACAAAAAAAAAUCCCCUUCUGAGUCACUGAAUUGUGUAAAUACACAUCAACCAGAAAGGAGAGACACGUGUGAAGACAAGGUCUUUUAAUGUUGUAGACUUUGCAGUUGGUAAAAUAAGUAAAAUAAGUAAAACUUGAAGAGAAAACUUCAGACGAGGUAAAGAAAACAAAGUUUUCUGCUGUAUUGUGAUUUUUUAAAGUAAGUUUAAUUCAGAGAAGUUAUAAGUUCAGAACUGACAAAUUUUUGCUAUUUAUUUUUUCCUAUCCUAUUAAAGAAUCUUUCCUACUGAUUCCAUGAGGUGAUGAGCUAUGCUAGUUCACUUUCAUGUAUACAAUCAGGGCAGAUUAUUCUAACUCUUAGCUAGGAGUGUGUUUAUUUGACUAGAAGAAAAUUAAUUGAUUUUGCAAGGAAGGCGUUUAUUUUCUGAAAGUGGGAAAUCCAAAUCAAUGAUGGACAUAAUUUUCUGGAAGGUUUGGAAGAUACUUAAAAAUUACUUGCUUUCAUUACUAGUAAUAUUUUUCCAUGUCAGAAUAAUAUGGAUUGGAAGAAAUAACAAUAUAAAUAUUUUGAUUGUGCAUUUGAAAUAUAAAGUUUCUAAGAUA